AUGGGGCCUCAAAGUGAUGCAUCGUUUGAUAUUGUUGGGACGGAAGACUCAGCCACCGCAGACAACGAACUUCCCGGUCCCCGUGUUUCGAGCCCCAGCAGAUGCACAACGACCGCGAGCGUCGCACUGCUGCCUGCUUUCCCAGUCAGUGCCGAUUCUGCUGCUCCAGGGACGGCGACUGGGGAAACAGGUAAACUGCAAGCUCUUGUCCAGGCAAAAACAGAAGAUGGGACGAUCCCGGCGCAUGCGAGUGCACGGAACGUGCAUCUGCCUUCUCGCGCGGAAAAGAUGAACGUGCCUGAUGAAGCCUGUGGAGAAGCGGAAACAUGCCAACCUGAGAGUUUCUUCCCGGAAACUAGGGAUCCGCUGUCUUUUCCUGAGACGUCUCGUGCUCUGCUUCACGAGACACCGGGUAUCGCGAGUUUUGCAAGGCCUCGCAUCGAGCCAACCGUCCCUUCGUCGGCGGCGCUCUCUGCAAUGUCUCUACCUGCGAAUCCUUCCCUUCUGAAUUCAACUCAAUCCCAAGAGUCCCCCGCUUCCUCGUGCCUGUCUCAGUGUUUUCCUGGAGCCGCCGGCGUUCCCUGCCCAACAGGGACAGGAAACCGGGGCGGUGUCUCAGCAGAAGCUCUGCAGCGGCUAAUUGGCAAAUCUCCUUUGCAUGUCCAAGCGCUGUUGGCGACCAUGCGUCAACAGUGUGACGGUCAGCUUGGAGCAACUGCGCGAGCGCUUUCACGGCAACUCUGGGCAGCGGCGGCGCGCGCGUCCCCAGCUGUCUUGCAACAGCAACUGCGUCUCCGGUCUCAACUCCUCGCGCGACUGGCACUCGAACGGAGCACCCGAGGACAGGCCUGUGCACGGUCGACUCCGGCCACUGCUCAGGCGAAAAAGGAACGCAUGCUUGAGCCUACGUCCGCGGGAAGCGGGCACGACAGCUCGAGACCCGGCGCGACACAGCCAAGAGUGCAAGAUCUUAACCACCAGCAGGCGCAGCGGCUCCGACAGGCCGAGGUCCAGCUGGAACGACCCGAGGUCUUCACCGUGCUCCACAACCGGUCUGCGGCAAUCCUUCACUUUGUCCUUAGAGCUCUCGGCCUCCUCGCCAACUGUUGUCCGCGGUGGUCCGGAGUGUCUCCGCUCGACUCGGUGGCGGCUUCCAGUCACGGGCAAAAAGGGGGCUCGAAGCACGUGGACCUGAAGGCUGUGAAUUCCGCGUUCACAGACCCCACGAUGUGCCUUCGAGCUGGGUCCCUCGACUCGAAGAUGCGUGACGAGUUCGGCCUGGACGUUAGAGGGCCCGUCCUGGGUGGCGCGGGGUGUGCGGGGCAAGCAGGAAUCCACAUUUCGGGAACAGGAGGGGGAGAAGCAGAAAGACCUCUUCCUUCCUCCUAUCGCUGGCACUGGCUCCACGUUGUUUCGUUUGCUGACAAGCCAGAGCUCUUAACGAUUUACUAUUCCACUCUUGCUCCGUUACUCUCCUUGGUCUCUCCCUCUGUUUCGCCCUCUGGGCAACAGGUGUCGGAUGCGGCUGUCUCUUCCAGUCACGUUCCGAAAGGUAGCGCCCCGUCUUUCGCUUCUCAAGGUUACGCAGCUGCCUCGCCAACCCCAUCGGGGGCAAACCCCACAGCUUUAUCGGAGCAGGCCGGCGCGGGGCGAAGCAACCUCUGCGGGCUGAACAGCGCCCUCGUCCUGCUGCAGGUUCUGCGAGAUCUUGAUGAUCUACGGUCUCUCCACGACCCCGUCUUUCUCCCUUCUGGGCUGUAUCCUCUGCAGCUCCUGGGGAAACAGCAAGCCGGCCUCUCUGCCCAGCUCAGCGGGACGGGAGACGCAAACCAAGAUGGAGCGUGUGGGGAGGGUUGUCGCUGCACAGUGUAUUCAGACUCCGUUUGUGGACUAGCCGUUCUCCGUCGUAGUCCCUUCUUUCCGUGCUUCGUCGAAGCGGCUACAGCGCUCCUCGCAUGGCCUGCGGCAGGCGCAGCGGUUGCUGCUGCCAGUUUACCGCCGGGCAUGCUCGACGCGACAGGCAACAGAGGUGCCUUGGAGAGCUGUCGUGCAGGGAAGGAUUUUUCUCGUGAACCUCAGCCUUCCUCAAACACAGACGACUGGCGACGCCCUGUUGUUCCGUCUCAAAGUUCGGCCGUGGGCUCGACCACCAACAGGGACGCAGCUAACCAUGAUAGUUUGGUGGCAACCGCUCGUGGCCUGGCGGAAUGUGUUCUGAAGCACGUCGACUUGAAUUCUCUGGAUGGCUCAGAUCUCCUCGCUCUUCUUCGUCUCUCUGAGCACCUGAAGCCUUCUCUCGAAGAGGCUCCUUCAGCGCCGGCGUGCUCAAGUGGGCAACUGCCUUCCUCCGCAGAUACAGCUGGUGUCGCGCAUGCGGCACCUGGAAAUGUGCCGGGGGCUGUCGAGGCAAUUGAAGACAGAUACGUGAAAGAAGCACUGGCGGCUAUUUCGGGGAACUCUUUCGGUAUCAACUUUGAGGAAACUGAGACGGGACAGGGCACAGUGAACUCUGUGGACACAGACGGCCGCGCAAAACUGAACUCCUUCGGAGAUUCGAACCCGCUCGGGGAAUCGGGCAAAGGAAAAUCUCAGAGGUGCGACUCUACAGAAGGACUCCCCACUCACACAGACACCACCGCAAGAGAGAUUCCAGGGGCCGGAAGCCAAGGGAGUGGGACCGUCUCUGGCGAGGCUCAGAUUUUUCAGGUGUCAACUGAUCUGAGCCGCCAUAGCGAGAGUAGCACGGGGAGCGGUCAGACAGCGGGCGCGAACAGUUCCAAGGAGACAUCCCCCCUUCGAGUUGCUCCAACGCUCGACUCUCUGGUGCUCUUGCCCGAAAUGCGUGGCUCGGAGUCUCCGAGUUCGCUUGGUCCAGUGAAUUGCCAAUCGCAAGAACACCUUCCUCCCCACACUCUCCUUCGCUUUUCUCCCCUUUUCAGCCGCGGCGCGGGGAUCGGGUCCAGCGCCGAUCGUGAGAAUCCGUCUUCCUGUUCAUCCCUUUCUACCGGGAAUGUGGGCGUCCAUGGUGUCCCAGCUCCAGUCAGCCCCGUGGAGACGCUGCUCCCAGGAUCCGGGCGCAUGUUCGGUCUACAGGAGCCACUUCCUGAGGGUCAUGCUGCCUGCAGUCUCGGCGAUCUUCUGUGCCCCGCCGGAGUUGACGAAGCGUCUGGCAACCUGUUGAGCACGGAGAAUGGAACUGGUGGAUGUGCCACAGAUCGUUCCGGAAGAGAGGGGAUGGCUUUUGAGAGCCUGUUUCCGUCGGCCGCGUGUGGCUACUCGUUCAGUCGCCUUCCGUCGCAGGAUGCUGAGUGUUUGCCUUCCGAAGUUUUGGCGGCGGCUGGAUUUCCUGCCACGCCCCUGGAAGGAUCACCCUUGACCACAGGUUUGUCUGUUCACGACGGACUGGGACAUGAAUGCGAUUUGUCAGCUCUGGGAGGCCGACCUGAUGGAACCCUGAGGCAGCCUAAUGCUGGCUUCCGGACAGUGGGCGAGGCCGGUCCGGGGCGUCGCGGGGUUCGUCAGCACGCCGCUGGCAGUCGCCUGCUUGAAAAGCGAGCAGGCAAACACACUUCUCGAACGCCUGGGGCCCAUCCUGCUCGUUUGCACGAGGUUCUCCCUAAAAAGAAGGACUACGGACUGCCAGCAAGUGCGUGUUGCGAUGAGGCCUCUGUGGGAUCCUCCCUCGCGGGGCUACAGGGAGGGAUAGCCGCUGCCGCGUGCGGGAUCGGCGUCAGAAACAAACGAGCGAGAACGCAAGAGCCAGUGACAGAAGGCGAACUCUCGGGGAAUCGGGACGGUGCCUGGUCCGACGCUCCAGAAGGUGCAGAGAGUCUUCCAGAUCUCCUGAGUCGCGGAGGAGGCAGCUUAGCCGCUGCGGCCGCAGGUCCAACCCACAGUCCAUGCAAGGUGAAGCCUUCUGCACGGACUGCGGGUGGGACAGGGGCACGACGGGCGGUUGCCGUGGCGACUUCGCGCGGGCUAGCUGCCAGCACCAGUAGCAGUGUCCGGUCUGCCGUUAAAGGGAUUUAUUUCGACAGCUACAAAAAGCUCUGGAGGGUACAGUGGAACCGGAGUGGAAGCUCAGGAAGUGGAGGAUCAGGAGGCGCCGGUCGGCGCGUGUCCCGUUCGUUCAGCUGCGCUCGCCUCGGAUUCGAAGCAGCGAAGGCUCGCGCCGUCGCAUGGAUGCUCUCUGGGGGCCUCGUCGGCGAUGGCGGUCUCCCCUCCGGCGACAGUCGCCUCGGCAGCGCAGCUGGGAACGGCACUGCAGCGAAUGCGGAGGGCCUGAGCGACCGAAAUGAUGGGAGCUUGACGGGAAGCGCGAUGACGCCAGAGCUUCUUCUCAAGGAGGAAAAGGAACGGCUUCUCUUUGCUGAUCCCCGGCUCUUCUUGGAGCGUAUCGAGGCCUUCUAUAUAAGACACAGGCUCUACGGUUUGCAGUGUAAUGGCAGCGGCGCCGGAGGGUCUCAGAACGGCAGUGAAGACAGUGCGAACAGCCAGGGCGAGGCCGGCAGCAACGGCAACCGAAGAGGUAACGGAGGAUCGGGAGGUCUCCGGAUUGUGUCUGUUCUCUCGCUUGAUGAUAUGCUUGCCGUUCUGAACGGAACAAAGCAUGGAAUGGGUGAACAAGACACAAGCGAGCCUCUUGUGGAGAGGGAAGAGGAAGUGAACGAAGAUCGAAGCCGGACUGGGGACGAGGACGGGGCGUUGUGUGGCUCUGGUGCUUGCGACAUGUCGCCUCUCAACCCGACCGCUCUCGUGCCCCAGCCUCAGACAGAGUCGCUGACGAGCAGAAAGAAGUUGAAACGAGAAAAGGGAGCGCCUGUAACGGGAGCUGCGGACCGGCCGUCGGCCCCGGCGCCUCUCCCUGGCCCCUUCGUGGGGGCGCUCUCGGAGGAAAUGGAGAAGCAUCUGCUUCGCCUUCUUCCCUCGCUAGCUCCUGUGACGGCUCAACUCAAGCUGGACCUGCAGGCCUGUCACGCCGGAAAUGGAGGGACAGAGUCGUUCGUCGACGCGUUGGCCGCGGAGCUGGACGCGGCUGCUGCCGCCGGUUCCAGUGGGAUCGCUCCCGAGGAGCAUGGAGCCCUUGCUUCAGGUGUUCCGCCACUCAGUGGCUGA